CCACCGGCGCGGCCAUGGAGAUAGGCCACCGUCAGCGCCUCUCCGUGGCAUACCAUCAUCGCCGGUCGGGGCUCAUGUAGAGGAAGACCAUCGUCCUCUACAUUUGGUGACCCGAUGAUAGGACGUUGUGCGCAGCCUGGUGGUGCCGAGGAGGGAAGCGAAAGCGGUGAAGAGCUGGCUUUCGAACUGUCGCCCCAGGUCAGUUGUGAUUUGGGAUCGUACGCCAAAACGCGAUAUCCACAUAGACAAGAAGGUGGCGGCGACAGUUUCGGCUGACAUGACCGGCAUGGGGAACGCCUCUGGCCAUCGAGUGUAACGGUCCACGGGCGGUGAGGAGAUCCGCUCCUUGCACCACGCAGGUGGAGCCAGCGUCAUAUGUCCCCUACCGGCGCUGUGCAAAAUGUUCGGUAGUGAAGGGUGCGUAUCCUCGCUUGCUUUGACUACACGAUUUGACUGUGUUGCGGCUGUUCCCGCUCUACUUGGCCUUAGAAAUAGCUAAAGUUGCUGACUGUUGUUAUGACACGGUUUCUGGCCCAUGAACUUCCUGGACAAAUUUUUGGACAAAGUAGCGCUGUCAAAGGGUCAAGGACCUGUGAAUGCACAUCAUUCGGCUAGUGCUGAAGAUGUCCCGGGGCAUUGUCGCAACGUGUGCUGGCUUGGAUUCGUGCCAAAAUCCCUGACUUUUGCGAAAUUCUAUUUCCGUACGCAUGUAAUCUCAGUAGUUGUCGGUUUGCCCAAUUGUUAUGUUGUGGUUGAACGGUUAUGGUAUUGUUAUGGUUAGGGAGGGGGGGGGUAGAUAUGUAGAGUUAAAACACGCCGGGAGGUAGGUCACAGCUACGUUGGUCACUGAGUUUGCAUAAAGUAUUCACAAACGGUACAGGGGAUAAUAAAUUUCGAUUAAAAUUGCCAUGGAUACUGAGCUGGCGUUUCCUUGGCCUUGUAGCUCUCUGGCGUCAACGAAAUUAUGUCUGAGAGCUGAUUGCACAACUAUAAUAGUAUACUCUGCAGAAACGUUCGAAACGAAAAUGAAAUUUCGAAGAUGCAGAACUACACAGCAAUUUUUAGACAUUCUUUCAUUGAACAGUAGACAUGACGGCACCUUUAGCUUAAUAAGGAUUACGUAAGGUCUCUAUAGGUUGCCGUUUAGAAAGCCCUGUAAUGAGAGGGGUGGAUUUCCGCGUAUUUUGCUAUACACUUAAUAGUGAGUUUCAGUAUAACGUCACCUUUGCGCACGUAAGGGACAGCGUUGGUGGUUCGCACGCGCAAGGCAUAAGCAGGGCUUUACGCAUUGCGCAGGCCCAAGAUGCUAUCCCUUGCGUACGCAAAAACGACAGCGUACGGUAUGCUAAAACUCACUAUUAUCUAUUACGGGCCUUUCCUAUAAAGAUGAUCAUGUAGUACCGCAAUUUCACCUCUCCCUCGAAUUCCACAAGGAAUCUAUCAAAAGAGAGCACCAACCCAACACCAACCCAUCCGUCAGAAACCAGGAAAACUAAAACCCACCGCAAAAAUAAAAUAAAAAUAAAAAAAUAACAAAAAGAAAACCAUGAAAACCAGCAACCGUAAAAAUGUCAAACCCACGGAAUAAAUUGGGAGUAUUCAACUCCUUUUUCAUUUCGGCGAGGUUUGCCUGGCUAGAGUCAUUCCUAGCAAGCGCGUCGCGUCUCAUACAUGUUUCAUUACAAGAAAUUACAAACGCGCAGUGUAACUUUGUCUAACCUAGAGCCACUAAAUAAAGGUGCGCUGUACUGAGCGAUUGUAAUAAGCUUCGCUUUAGUGGAUAACAUUUAGCGAGACAAGUCUAACCGAAGGAAAGCAGGAGACCCGCCCCGAAGUUACUACUCAAAUGCUAACACGUGGCUGGUAGAGGACGCUCCAGCUGCUGGAGAAACUCUACUGCAAGGAGCGGAUAGCGAUUGCCGGAGGACGGGGCCAGCGGUCCCACUAUGUCCAGGUGGACCAUGUCGAAGCGGGCGUCGAGGAGAGCGAAACGUCCUAGUGGGGUCACAGUGUGGCGGUGAGUUUUCGAUCUUUCUUAUCGCCGCUCCGCGUCUGAGGGGGGAGCACUGUAGCGGGCCGUGGACAACGACGAAGAUGGCCACGCGCCUGGAGCACCUGCCUCAGUUCCACCGGCGCGGCCAUGGAGAUAGGCUACCGUCAUCGCCUCUCCGUGGCAUACCAUCAUCGCCGGUAGGGGCUCAUGUAGAGGAAGACCAUCGUCCUCUACAGAAUAAUGGUCCGACUGGGAGCUCACAAACUUUUAUGCACGGCGGCGAACAUUGUAGAAAGCGCGCGUCGGUGGAGAGGAGGACAUACAGAACCCAGGCAACUCAAUGUUCUAAAAGUUGAAUACAAUAGGGGUUGGCCUUGAACCACCUAGGGGUGGAAGACCUUGAACAGACUCUUGAAACAUUGAACAGACAACGAACAUUGAUAAGACACGUACCGUCCACCCCUAUUGCACUCGACUUUUAGUACAAUGUGCUGCUCGGGAAGCCUCUCCAAGGCUCGUCGGCCCGUCCUUGAUUGAUGCGAGCGAAGGAGCAGAUGCUUCCAGAAGGAUCGCUUGCAAUGUAGCGCGACGUGUCACAGGCCCCAGCCCGUCGUUCGACGCCUGGUUGCCUGUUGUUGCGUGUGGUCGCCCCAAAGAAGAUACGUGGCAAUAUUACUUUGGGUGCCGUAUAUUUGGUUCGUAUGAAAGCGUCUCCGAGCGUCUCCUAUGAAAGCGUCGUCCCGCUAGGUAGUAUGACACCCUGACGGGUCCGGCGGACGGGUAUCGACAAGAGUGUAGUCGAAGUCACUUCAAGUGUUCGUUGCAUCGAUUCAAAUCAGCUUGCUGCUACAGAGUGCCUGUCUCGGCCAUAACGUUCACUGUCUCUAUUACGCAUUAUCGCUAUGUAGUAUGUAUAAUGCACCGACACGCCGAAAUAACUAUACGGACUUCAACAUCGCUGAUGAAUUAGUUACAUUUCUGUUCCAUUAACUGCAAUUGUAACAGUUCCACUUCUGAUUAGUUUUGCAACCUCUGGCUCUUAAUUGCGUUACAGCGAAAAUAGGUGAGGAUAGUGAAAUAGCGAAUUAGAAAAUAGUGAAAUUUUGAGGCAAAUAUAUCGGAAUGCAGAGGUAAUCACAUACUGAGGGCACAAGAUAUCGAUCCAUAGUAUAUAAAUGGUAGUGGUAAAUAGUUUAGUUAACUAGUUAUCCUUUCUCGCUGUUACUUUUGUUUUGAGUCGUAACUUUGGCCCCAUAUUAUCAUUCACCCUAAUUUAUUUGUCCUUAUUCUCGUCCUGGUUUUUUUUUUUCAUGCCAUUGUGCACAGCUUGAACGUAGGUGUCCAUUGUCAAGAUUCGACGCCGAGACCACUUUCGUGAUGGCUCCGUGCGUUCUUCUCGCCUUAUCAGUCGUUUUCGUGCCGGCGGCAUACAAGAGCAGACCGGCACAUAAUCAAUCAAUCAAUCAUCAAGAGCAGACCUUAUCUAGCCAAGAGGCCGUGAAAUACAGCGUUUGCAACAGCGCCGCGAAGCAACAGUGGCUAUGAGCGGCGUACAGAUGUGGACAGACGGAGAGAGGACAGCAGGAAGGAGUGGGGGAUUAGUAUGCGUCCUGGGCCGACUUCUGGGGGAACUGUGCCGACAUUCGUCUGGAAAGUCUUCGGAAAACCCAGGAAAAACCUAAGGCAGCACAGCCGGUGGUAGGAUUCGAACCCACCACCUCCCAGUCUACAGCACGACUUUUGUUACCACCAACGAGCCUUAACCCACUAAGCCAUGCCGCGAGACAAUCCAAAGACACCUGUACGGCGAACAGGCCGCAACAACUGGAGAGGAGGAUUGCUCGUGAUUGGCGGACGAAGUUCUCACGUGAUCAACUUAAACCAGACGUCACUAAACCAGUGGCUAAGUGGGACUGGUGAAUACGGGAAAUUAACUUUAAGGAGAACAAUAUGGCUAUAUUUUCUCCUGAAAUUCAAAAAUCAUUUAAUUUGUUUUUCAUUAAACAAAGGUAUCAUAUGCUGAUUCGAAACAAUUUGCUGUACGUUGUUUUUUCCUGGUGGACAGGGGGGGACGAAACAAUUUGCUGUACGUUGUUUUUUCCUCGUUGUUUAGACCUUUUUUUAAAGAAAUGAUUGGAAAGAUUGGAGUUCCGUAAGAUUCGAAGAACUUUCCUUGGUAACGAUUUCGAAUUCGGAACCAUUUGGAUUCAUCCCAUCUCUAAUAUGAAUGCGUAGUCCUAAAUAGUUUAUAGUUACCUAUUUAUCCUUUCUCACCAUUAGUUUGCUUUUUGAGUCUUAAGUUUGGCCCAAUAUUAUCAUUCACUCUAAUUUACUUGUUGUUGCUAUUGUCGUCGUUGUUUCACGUCGUUGUGCGAACUUUGAAUGUUGGUGUCUUUUAUAAAACAUUCAUCGAUAGACCACUCUCGAGUGGAAUUGCUCUUCAUGGCUUCGUGCGUUCUUAUCGCCUUAUCAGUUGUUUUCGUGCCGGCGGGACCCAAGAGGAGACCUUAUCUAGCGAAGAGGCCAUGAAACACGCCGUUUGCAACAGGUUCUGAGAAUAGAUAAGCACCAUCAUUGCAUCAAAGACUUUGGAAGCCGCCGUGUUAUUUUUUCUAUUAUUUCCCGACAACUCUCGAGUGGAAUUGCUCUUCAUGGCUUCGUGCGUUCUUAUCGCCUUAUCAGUUGUUUUCGUGCCGGCGGGACCCAAGAGGAGACCUUAUCUAGCGAAGAGGCCAUGAAACACGCCGUUUCCAACAGGUUCUGAGAAUAGAUAAGCACCAUAAUUGCAUCAAAGACUUUGGAAGCCGCCGUGUUAUUUUUUCUAUUAUUUCCUGACAACUCUUUAAUACAACAGCUGCCAUUACGGGGAACAGACGGCGACAACUAGAGAGGAGGAUUGCACAGUUUUACUGGUUUUAACAAGAGAGAGGACAGUAGGACUGGCUAGAAUGUCUGUUUAGUUUAUUAAUAUAUCUGCAUCGUCGAAGACUUUAGAGCAGCGAGGAAUGAAUUUACGAAACAAAAGGAAACACAUCUUGCACGCGCAUGACAUGCGUGCAUACAGAUAUAAAUGGAUGCAUGUAAACAGACUCUAGUUGUACGAUAACAUAAUCAGAAAACAAAGCGCUAUUCGAUUUACAGACAACAUUCUUUGACAAACUCUUCCAUCGUGAUGUAGUGCAGUUGAAGGAAGACGUCUGUUCUGAAGUCAUAUUCUCCAAGUUGUCUCGAAUGAUGGACUACAGAAGACAUAUUGUAGGGAGAAGCAAAUACCCGGAAGGUUUUAAUGCAGUUCCAUUAUAAUACCCACUCUACAAACAUAUUUAUGUCGAAUAUCAUCACUUAAUCAUCAUUUCAGGAACAUUUCCGUCGUAAAUAAUACAGAGACAAGGCAAAUAUGGCGUCACCAUUUCGAACGUUCUCCAUUGGAGCAUUCUACAAACGAAUAACUUUCGUGUGGGUAGCGUUAACUUUACAAUUUAUAAUCUCCUUCGCAUUACCGUCUAUUUCGGACUCGUGCCUUAUGCGAAAUUCGUCUCGAUAUUUUAUCGGCCAAAUCGAGCACAUCGACUCAUUCCAAUCUUCCCUAUAACGCCAAAGGAGCUGCAAAGCUGUUUGCCUUCUAUAGUCCAGGAAGGGAAGAACAGAGUUGCAUAAGGUCUGGGAAGACAACAGGGAUUGUACCAAAGAGAUUACAUAAUGUCUUCAAUCCAGAAAUUUAAAGAAAAAGGCUUAAAAUGGAAUCUCGCCCUUACUAUGGGGGAAAGUGGCAACAAUAUCCUCUCCUCUAUUAAAUUUCACCCACAUUAUACCACCUUCAUUUACUAAGAUACUCGCUCCAAAGCAACCAUAUGUGAUGACGUCAUCUCUGCUCUCUCAAAUAAAGCAUAGACUAUGAAUGUGAGUUCACCACUUUCUACACUACUAUACUUAAAAGAAAUCCACAGUGAGGUGAGGUCCCUGAUGCGUAUAUCUUUCACUAUUAUUUAUGCUGCGUUGUAGCGUUUCACUGUGUAGUUGCGAUUUUUGUUUACUGUUCUCACAGGGUUCGUAAAUUAUUUUUUAUCAACUGUAUGGCAUAUUUUUAGAAGCGGAAUUUUCUUGCGUUUAUCUUCCCUGACCCUGCAACUCCUCUGCGACUCAUAAUGUAUUAAUCUGUAUCGUCACAGUAAAUAACGUAUGCUGCGUCCGGAAGGUGAUUACUUAAAACCCCCAGGGAUCACCGCGGAGCGUGCCCUUGCUUCUCCUCGGAUUAAUAUAAAUCGCCACUCUCACCGAUGGUCGCUCAGAAUUCCCACCUAUUUGCGCCGUCUGACUUUUUUUUCCUUUUUCGGUGGGCGUGUUACGGUUAAUUCAAAUGUUCGUUAUUGAUGUUACUAUCCCUAAAUAUCUGCGUAGUUUGCCCAGCAUUGCCCGCCCUCUUAUCGUCUCACGCGAUGUGUAGCAUCCGCAGUGGGAAACAAUCUCACUUGCCAUCCCUUCUCGUGUCUGGUGGUGUCUUUCUGAACAAUUGCUGUCGGCUUUUUCUCAUAGUUCGUUAUAUCAAAUGUAAGUUUAAUGAUGUCCUCGCUAGGAGAGGUCACCUUAGGUGGUCCGCAGGUACAAAAACAACUGAUAAGACGAUGAGAACCCAUGAAGGCAUCACGUGAAGUAUCCUUUCGAACCUUAUCUCUCUUAGUCACCGUGCAGUGAAUGUGUGUAAGUGUUGCUCACAUAGGGUAUAAGACUUUGUAAUAUAUAAUAUUUUUCCCUUCUAGCUUAAUUAAUGCAAAUUAUGAUACACAUUUUUAUAUUUGUGUAGUUUUGUUAUGUAUAAGAUAUUACAAUUGUAACGGUCAUUCAUGAAUAUAAACGUAAUGUCCACGUGAAGGUUGUGUCUACGAGCGGUUGUUUUUAAAGCGGUUGUUAUGAGCGGUGGAAUUCAAGCUCAAGAAUAUUACAGACAUGGGAGGGGGCAUUUAAAACAUUACGAACAGUUUGAGAUCUUUUACAGUUGAUGAACAUGACCUUAUAAACGUCUUUUGUUGCCAGAAUAUUUAGCGCAAUUGUUAUAAUCUUUUUUAUAUGUGUUUAUUUGAAUUCCGUGUGAGCGCCGCGAGGCAACUGUGGCUAUGAGUGACGUACAGACGUGAACAAAUGGAGAGAGGACAGCAGGAAGGGGUUGGGGACAGGUGGGUUAAUGUGCAUCCUGGGCCAACUUCAGGGAGAACUGUGGGGGACAUUUUUCUAUUAAGUCUUCGUAAAACACAGGGAAAACAUCAGACAGCAAAGCCGGUGACAAGAUUCGAACCCGUGUCACGUCCCAGUCUCGGCGUAGCAAAGUGAUCAUCCUAACCUCUAUGCCACGGGAGCUGGUUUUGGUAUAAUUCCACUCUUAAGGUAGACAUCGGCAGGAAGAAGCAAAUACCCGGAAGGUUUUAACGCAGUUCUAUUAUAAUACCCACUCUACAAACAUAUUUAUGUCGAAUACCAUCACUUCAUCCUCAUUUCAGGAACAUUUCCGUCGUAAAUAAUACAGAGACAAGGCAAAUAUGGAGUCAGCAUUUCGGACGUUCUCCUUUGGAGCAUUCUACAGAGGAAUAACCUACGUGUGGGAAGCGUUAACUUUAAAAUUUAUAAUCUCCUUCGCAUUACCGUCUAUUUCGGACUGAUGCCUUAUGCGAACAUGGUCUCGAGAUUUUAUCGGCCAAAUCGAGCACAUCGAUUCACUCCAAUCUUCCCUAUAACCCCAGAGGACCUGCAAAGCUGUUUGCCUUCUGUAGUUCAGAAAGGAUAGAACAGAGGUGCAUAAUGUCUUGGAAGAUAGCAGGGAUUGUAUCAAAGAGAUUACGUACACUCUUUAAUGCAGAGUUUAAAAUGGAUUGUGUUGAAUCUCGCCCUCACUCUGGUGGAAAGUGCCAACAAUAUCCUCUCCUCUAUUAAAUUUUCUCCGCAUUAUACCACUUUCAUUUACUAAGAUACUCGCUCCAAAGCAAUGAUACCCGAUGACGUCAUCUCUGCUCUAUCAAUCAAGGCAUAGACUAUGAAUGUGAGUUCACCACAUUCUAUACUAUAUUUGCUUAAAAGGCAUCAUGUACCAAACCAUGCUAUGCUACUAUUCCAUACUAUUUUACUACUCAAGCCACGAUUUAUCAUUUAAAUACUGCUUGCAGUGUAGUGGUGUAACUCUAUUCCUUCGGUCUUACUCUAAACCCACAUUCCCACACCAGGAGGUGACACUUACACGCAUGACAAACAAAGGCGCGGUGAAAGAUAACGCCUUAUCUGCCUUCCACAUAAGCAGGUUUCCCAUAAGCGUCCCUCCAGACCCCGCCAGGUGAUCGAUGGAGCUCCAUCUCUUCACGUGAACAUCAGUGAAACUCAAGAGUAAGGAGGGACAUUGGUCUGACCUUGGAAAACCCAUGACGACGAACCAGGAAACCAUCAGUGCAGGGUCCAAAGACUGACACGUGAUCCGCGGGGUACUUGGAAAAACAUCACGUGAUGUCCAACAAAGCAGGUAUUCGUUGAGCCAUUCGACGACACUCUCUCAUCCAACCAAGGGCACCCAAGGGAACUGCGACGCUUGUACACUUCUAUAACAUCGAAUAAGAGAUUGGAGGAGCCCAGCGGCGGCGACGGCGGCUGCGAGGAAAAAUGGACUGGCGGCGUUGGCGGCUCAGAGUCAUGUCUUUCGCCUCAUUCCUUCGGGGAGUUCCUCGUUCAUUCUCAAGAAGAAUGGCUUCAGCAUCCGUACCUGAUCUACACAUGGAAAGGUCAGAAGAAUGGAAGGAGGUCAGGAAGGAAAUGCAUCGAGCCAUAGGAGACAGAGAUGAGACCCGUGUUCUGAAGUGCCUGGAUGGUGUGCCUGCCCUGAAAGUGUGGUUAGACCCCGAUGAAGAUGUCUCUGCUCGCUACAAAGCUAUUGAAGAGAAAGCUUUCCGCAUUCAUGGUCUGCUAGUCUCGCGUGAAUGUGGACUCAAGAACACCGGAGAAUCAUCGUGUUAUGAAGAUCUCACACCUCUUGGACGCGCCGAAAUUCGACGGCAGCGGUAUUACACGACAGAAUGCGUGGACUCUUACAUCGACUAUCUGAAAAUCAAAUCACGGAGCGUCACCAGAUGUGAUGACUUCAAUGAGCGAUUGGAGAAGAUGUUCAAGCACCUCUCCAGUGACGAAUUAAACAGGAAUAUUCUGAAAGUGGCUGCAACAGCACCGCACCUGGAAGUAGUAUUCGACUACAAGAGUGAAAGCGUUCAGCGGACUACGGGAUGCUGGGAUAGACACAACCUCGGUCUCACUUUCUACAACGAACAGAGAGUUUUCGUCGGGGCCAGCACUGAAGAAGCCGUAACCCGCGGGACGCUCAUUCACGAGUUAUGUCACAUGGCACUUUGCCUAGUGUAUCAUAAUGAUGGCAAGCCUUAUGUCUGCGGGGACAUGGAGAGGGAACAGCAAUACGGAGCCAUUCUGAACGACAUAAAACGAAGGAAAAAAGAGCUGAAUCUUCUUAUCCAACAAGCUGUCUCCCGUAAUGAAGAACAAGAGCUAAUUGUACGGAUUCCUCACAUACUGGCCCAAUAUGGUUGCGACGAUGGAAAUAGGGUUCUGGAACGGGAAGUACCGGAACUACGAAAGUUUUUCGAGGAACAUGUCAUCCCAGACAUGCGGGAAUACAUUCAGAAUGGAAUCCCAUCCAUAGAUGCAGCACAGAUAGAAAAGGAAAACGCGAGACUGAACAAAACUUUCAAAACUGACAAUCUCAAAGUGCAAUUCGAGAAACCACUAAAGAAGAGUGUCUGGAAAGAGGGGUCGCUUCACGUAUUUACGGGUCCAGAACUGAGGCUUCUCGAAAUAAUGGUUCACAACGCUGUGCAAUCUACGGGAAGGCCAUACUUGUUUUUCGAAGCGAACCAAUAUGACUCCACUCUGCAGGAUGUGUUACUAGACUACAAAUGUGCAUUUGUGCUAGUAUCCGUCCAUCCAAACGAAGACGUCCGAAAGGUGAUUAAACUUCUCAGUGAAGUAUCCUGUGCUACUGGAUCAAAAGUCCUUUUGCUUGUGGAACACACUGGCGAAGAAUACUUGCUGAAACAAGUACAAGCAGAUGCAUUCUUUGCGAAGAGACACAAAGAUCACAGGAUCGACGAAGCAAGCUUUGUGCAUGUCAAGAAUAGCUGCAAAAAAGAAGUGUUCGAAAAUUCUCGCGUAAAACUUCAGGGCCAAUAUGUUUCAGUGCUUCCAGAAGCCAUGAAUAUAGACACCUUCCUACAGUGCGUGGACACUGCGGUUUUCCUAAGGUUGUGCGAAUCGCGGAAUAUUGACGUGGGACCUCCUCUUCGUGAACGAGAAGAACGUGUUCAGAACUAUUACGUGAAAAGAGAGUGUAGAAGAGCCGUGGAAAUUAACUUGAACGAAUGCAAUCUAAAUGACGACAGUGAGGCAUUCGCACUUCUCGACUGUCCACACAAUCACGUCGCAACACUUCUACCUCGCGGUUGUGAGGCAAAAGCCAAGGAGGAACUAACCAAGUUCGAGAAAUUCGUGCUCCUCCAAGAGCCACGUGACUACGAAGCUCUCCUGGAAAAUGUUCAUUUCCGAAACAAAGUAGUGCACCUGCUAAAGUUCGAGGAACCUCGUAAGAGACUCUUGUGGACAAAAUCAAAUGGUAAACUCAGUCAUCUUCGAAUGACAGGAAGUGACUGUUACACUGAGGAGGAGUUGUUGAACGUAAACGAGAAGGUUGUCAUAGUCUCUGGUGCACCUGGUAUGGGAAAGAGUAUGUUGGCAAAGCACUUGUGCACAGAGGUAAAAGAUCGAGAUACGAAGCGGUGGGUGAUGUACGUCGACCUUCCUCAGAGAAUGGCAUCUGUUAAAACAGCGUUGGCGAGUCAAGCGGAUAUGUGCAAGUAUCUAGCGGAUCUGUGUCAAGUACAAAAAAAUGGUGUAGAGUUCGCUUUGUUCGAGAAAAGUUUGAACAACGGAAUCCCUUUCGAGAUUGUCUUCAUCUUGGAUGCCUUCGAUGAACUGAACGAGAGAUGCCGCAAGGCUAUAUUGAAGCUUACAUCGUUUAUAUCUGAAAAGAAAGCUCACAAGAUAUAUAUCUUUACUCGUACUGUACUUAAGCCCCAUGCACAAGAUGCUCUGCACACGGUGUCAUAUGAACUCCUUCCUUUUACACACGAAAAUCGGGAGGAGUUCAUUAGAAAAUAUGAGAAAACAGCUCAUUCAACCAAUGAAAACGAUGGAGCUUCCGAGCUGUUUCAGCGACUGCUCACGAACUUGAAGGAUAAAAACAAGACAAUCCUGGAAACCCCUCUCCUGCUUCGUAUGAUCUUUGAAAUGAAGAAUGGGGAAAUUGCAAAGUCUGACGAUUACUCUUCGUUACUUGAACGUGCAAACAUAUCAGCCGAUAAGAACUUAUACAUCGUACACGUCUACAAGUUGUUUGUGUGGUACAAGCACCUUGUAUUCAGAAUUGAAAAAAGAAAAGAAAAUCUCCGCCUACACGCCGUACAAGAGGAGAAUGACUCCGCAGCGCUUCAGUUUUACGAAAACCAUAAACUCCUCGCUAUGAAGUGUAUAUUCCCUCAGGAAAAAUUGAAAUACUUAUUGAACAAAGACGAAUUAGAGAAUUUAGAGCCCGAAGGACGUUUAAUGAAGGACGCAGCUAAUAAUUGUCUCAAAGAAGGAUUUCUGAAUGGUCUGAACAACGGAAUUCCAGAGUUCGUUCAUAAGACAUUCGCUGAAUUCUUUGCAGCCGAUUACUUACUGAAAAAAGCGAAAGUAACAGAAAAUUUAGACCUAAGGGAUGUCAUUGUCAAUCUGUACCGUGAAGAAGAAUACAGCGGUGUAAUGAUGUUGUUCGACCCACUGGCAUCGGAGUCCUUUCCCCUUCACUGUGCUGUGAUGAACAAUGACGCUUCAUAUUUUGAGCAACAUGUUAUCCAAAGAGAGGAUAUGUUCAGAGUCGAUGAGCUCAAAAGGACGCCAUUGCACUUAGGAGCCCUGCAUUCUGAUGAAGCAACAUUGAAGAAGCUUCCGAUGGAUGAUGAGCUAAUCAAGGAGGAUUUGUUUCAACUGUCACCGUUUGGGUACGCAGAGCUGCGGUCUCCAUGGGACGCAAAAUACGCUGGGAAGUGGAUGGAAUGCUUGCAGACUGAGACUUCGGCUGCGGGAGAAAGACUUAAUGUGUUAUGCGCUCGAUGCAGUGAGGAAGCAGUGAGACGUUCUACCGAAAAUCUGCGCAGGUUUGAAACCUUGGAGCAAAAGAGACAUUUCCUUGAACGAGCAAUAUUCACGGCUGUGAGACACGACCUACGAGGCGUUUUAGAUGUGUAUCUGACCUAUGUGUCCCCGAGAGAGAGUACAGUAGAUCUGCACAGAGACAUCAUGGACCAAUUAAAAUCACGCAAGGAACGAAGCUUGAGAUGUUCUGCAGAGUCUUCGGUAAUUGGAAACCUUGACAGUUUUACAGACAGUAGCAAUAGAACUGUCCUUUUUUAUGCAAAGUCCGAGACUGUUUGUAAAAUGCUCCUUCUUUACUGCGAUAUUGGAAUUGUUGAUAAUUAUGGAAACACAAUGUUGCACAUUAGCGCGGAAGAAGGAAAUCUGGAGACAACACAGUUUUACCUCGCACAUUUAUCCGUUAACAAUAGAAAUGGACACUUUGAAACUCCUUUGCACUUGAGUGAAGAUGCAGAGAUUGCGAAGCUACUUGUGCCUCUUUAUUCCUCAGUGAAUGUUCUCGAUUAUCAUGAAGAAACUCCGAUAGAUAUAUGUGCAAAGAGAGAUGAUUUGGAGGCCAUGAAGUUGUUACUCCUUCGCACUCGGACAUAUGACGAACAUCACAUGAGACUGAACACAACGCUUCAUGUGGCUUCUGCCUCUCUUUCCCUUAAAGCUGUGACGUUUCUUCUACCCCACACAAACGCGCACAUGCUUAACUACGCAAGAGAAACGUGCUCAGACUUUGCUAGGACAAUUUGGAAAUAUCAUUCGAGUGUGGAGUCCAACGUUGUGAGUUGUCUCAUCCCACACUCGAUCGUGAACUCACCUGAAACGUUCGGCUCAUCACCGUUGUACGUCUGGGCGAAUGAUGGUGUAAGGAAAGUGAUGCAAACUCUAUGGCCUUAUUUGCGACACAGUGACCCUAGGCAUGCACAGAGGAUCAGCAGAAGCUUUGUGUUUGUGCUGGUGAGCGAGGAUUUCCAACAAGAAAUUUCGUGUUUGAAACAUCUCUUCCUCCAUUUAGAUGUCAUCGCUGGUGAUCCUGAUAGCCGCAAACUGCUACAUGAUAUGGCCAAGGACAAGCUACGUAAGAUAAAAGAAGAAAAUCUCAUUAAUUACAUGAAGCUGUUACUGCCGCAUUUAAAUCUCAGUGAGCAGGAUUAUGUAGAACGUGGAGUAAAAAAUGAGGACAUCGUUACCUUAUAUCGGGGAUGGUCGCACAUGAAUAACACCGAUGAUCUCCACAUUGACGAUGUCAACGCGGAAAUGAUCGACGACGAUGGCAAUAUCAAGUUGCUAAUAGAAGCAGGGGAAGGUAAUGUGGAAGCUGUUAAGAUCCACCUCUCCCAUUCAUCCGUGUGCUUUACAGAUGAGAGAGAGAACACUGCAUUGCACUUGAGCGCGAGGAAGGGACACGCGAAUGUGGUGAAGCUUCUCAUUCCUCUUUAUACAUCAGUGGAAGUGAUCGAUGUGUAUCGAAUGACGCCAAUGCAUGUGUGUGCCUUAAAUGGACAUCUGGACGUUGUGAAGUUAUUAUUACUCCGCUCUAGAAUCAGUUCCCGUGUCAUGAAUGGAUGGACACCUCUUCACUCGGCCUGUUACAGUGAUGAAGUUGAUAUCGUGAAUUUCCUUCUUCCCCACUCCUUUCCUAAUAUGCGCGACACAGUCGGUUACACAUGCUGCGCUCUUUCCGCUGAAGAAAGCAAAAUGAAUGUUCUGAGAUGCCUCAUCCCACACUCUCUUAUGAACUGUCCUAAUGAAGACGGCAAAUCACCAACGCGAAUGUGUGCAGAAGAUUAUAUGAGAGAAGAGCUAAUGACAUUAUUACCAUAUUCUUGUGAUUACGACGCAGCGAGUUUAUUGACUAAUCUCGAGCUGCCAUCUUGUGAGGACGAUAUGAGUAUGGAAGAUACGCUUUGUCUGAAACUGAUGGUACUCCACUCAGAUGUCAACGCAGUAGAUGAGUGUUUCCGUGCAACACUCAGCCGCAUUCGAGAGUAUUAUGUAGAGAGUUAUUCAUUCUGGCAUCCAACAGAGACUGAGAUAUCACUACUCCUGAGCUAUAUUCCUCUCUUGCUUCCACAUACAAAUGUUUCUGCUAAGGAUGAUGAAGGCAAGAAACUAUUACAACGAGCCCUCCAAAGUAGCCAAGAUCCCGAAUUGGUUAGCUUCCUUCAGAAAUGGACUCGCUUGAAUGACUUUCAUUCAUGAUGCUGACGAUUGUUGGCAACGGUUGUGGUUAAGCACCAAGUGCCACUGAGCUGUCAAUGGACACGAGCUCUGAAGAUGAUAUAGCAGUUUUAAUAGAGGUAUCAACAGCAGUAUACUGAGUCCUUGCCUUCAUCCGAGAAAGCACAAAUAUUCAUCCAGUGUCAAAAUGAAAGAAAAAAGAUCACUUUUCUGAUUUUUUGUGAUUGUGAUUAUGACUUACGCAUUUUGUUUCUUCUUGUUCCUUAUGUUACAAAGUACCGUUCCGUAGUAGGUUCGUAAGGUGAUUUGAAAAUGUGUAAAAAAUGUGUCUAUUCCUAAUCUGCUAGUUAUAUGGUUAGCUAUGAUAUGCCACAGUAUUAGAAUACGGCUGCGUGCGAUUAUGUUUGGUGUCAAAUGUAAAUGAACAAAAGUGUUUUUCGCACAUUGGAGAAAGUUUAAUUCAAAUUAUUUUGGAACUCUCGCUCACUUCGCUGCAGAGUUGAAUAAAGUAAAUAUUGUCGAGCGAAA